AUGUCAUCAUCUCAAAAUCCACUCGGCGAACGUGGCCGCGUUCUCGAAGAAGAAUAUUUUCGCAAACAACAGAAAGAGCAACUUGACGCUCUUAAAUCUUCUCUUCAAAAAGAUAUUGCUGACAAGCAAGAUGAGCUGAAAAACCAUUCAGAGGUAGAGUAGUUAGAGACGCAGAGUUUUUACACUCAAAAAGUUUUUAGGUUCUCGAACAGCAUCAAAAACGAUUGGCCAAUAUUGAAGAACGGGCGGCCAAAAAAUAG